AUGAAGAGACCGCAUUCUGAUUCAGACCCCCAACCAUCAAGAGAGAAGAAAAGAAGAGAAGAAUGUGAAGAAGAUGACGUGGACAAGUUGAGGAGCAAGAGCAUUCAUUCUGAUAACGGAGAGUUGGACCCCCAGCCAUCAAAUGAGAAGAAAAGAAAAGGAAAACAUCAGGAAGAUGAAGAGGACAAGUUGAAAAAGAAAAGGACUUAUUUUGACUCUAGCAAUUCAGGCCCUUCAAAAAAGUGGAAAACAAGAAAAGAAGAUCAAGAAGAUGGAGAAGAACAGAUGAAGAAGAAGAGAGAGAGGAGUUCAGAGGAACAACUGUCAGAUGAAUGCUGCAGCGAGGAGAAACGAAGAAGGGAGGAGACUGAUGAAGGAGGAGCCGAACCCGUGAGCGCACAAGCUGAACCUUCAAGGCCAAACCCGCUCAGUAUCUCCAGCUACAACUUCUACUCCCUGCUGGGAUCAGGAGGAUUCGGCAAAGUUAUGUUGGCAUCAUUAGGAGACAAGAAGGCAUAUGUGGCUGUCAAAUCCAUCCCUAAAAAAGAGGCCACUAAUUACAACAGCCUUCUCACCGAGUCUCAGGUGCUGAACAUCGUCAGGCACAUCCCGUUCCUUUGCCAAGGCUAUGCCGCUUUUCAAACCCAGCGGCAUGCCUUCUAUGUGAUGGAGUUCCUGAGUGGGGGCAGCCUUGAGGAUCAGCUGAAGUGGCACGGGAUGCUACCCAUGGACAGAGUACGAAAGCUAAUGUAUUACAGGAGAAUGGCGUUAACCAUUAUUUCCCUGUCUAAAAGGUUCCAUUCUGCGGAGAUGAUCUGCGGCCUGCAAUACCUCCAUGGCCUUGGGAUCAUCCAUCGAGACAUUAAACCCAUGAAUGUCCUAUUGGACCAUCAAGGACAUGUUAAAAUUGUAGAUUUCGGCGUGGCAAAGCAGAGCAUCUUUGAGGACGACGCCACCACUGGCUGGGCCGGAACCCUGGGAUAUAUGGCCCCGGAGAUUCUACAUGGAAAAGCCUAUAACGCAGCAGUAGACUGGUGGUCAUUUGGUGUCACCAUCUGUGAAAUCGCCACCAGACAGUCGCCCUUUUACAACAGUGACCCCGACCAGCUUAAGGAUUCCAUCAAAUUCCAUGAGCCAAAGAUACCUGAUUGGCUGGAUGAAGAUUUAACACAUCUUCUGGGCAAGCUACUACAAAAGGAUCGGAAGCAGCGCCUUGGUGUUCGGGGAGACAUCAGGAGCCACCCAUUCUACAAAGGCAUCGAUUGGGUGGCACUGGAAGAGGGAAAGUUACAACCCCCCUACCAGCCGAAAACACCAUCACCCGAUCUGUUCCAGCCAUGUACUGAGAAGCUGUCAUUCCUCGAACCCCAGGAGGAUGAAGCAACAUCAGGGGAGAGUAACAUCGUUCCCGGCUUCUCAUUUCAAAGUUCCACCUGGCUGGAGCAAAGUAUGAGACUGCCGGGUAACAUCAGGCCUGGAAUUAUGAGAGGCAGUCUCUCAUCUGGCUCAUCGAAAGGAAGUCUCAUAAGUGUGACCUAUGCCCUGUGGGAUGGAGGAUUUCUCUUUAACCCGGGUGUUUAUGGAUCCUACUUGCCUGGGUACAACGCUUUAGGUGGUCUGAUCAAGCCUGUAAUGGAGAGACUAGGCAUUACUAAGCGUAACCUGGAGGCCUGCAACAAGCCUGCAACCUGGGAAAGAGACCUCAACCGUUGGAAAGUGACAGUUGAUGUGAAGAUUCAAGAGUGA